AUGCCCGAUCCGCUGUGCACCCUGGCAGCCGUCCGCUUGGACGACGUCCCGGAGAUUGGCCAGCUCACGGCGGAUGCCUUUGCUGGUGAUCGCCAGACGCAAAUGAAAAGUCUCGGAAGGGAGGCUUACGACAUGAACAGCAUCACCAGGGAGAGCCUGCCCAGCAUGCUGCACAACCCGCGCUGCAUCGCCAUCAAAGUCGUCGACGAGGAUACUGGGGACAUUAUGGGCGUCUGCAACUGGGGGUUUCGCGGGUUCAAGCCAGAAGAGAUGCCAAAGAUGGAGGGCAAACCACCGCCGCCUGCGGAGAAGAAGCCUCGAGAAGCAGGGGCCGACUCGGAGGACGAGAAGCAGCAGCAGCAGCAGCACGCCACUGACGGAAAUGGAAAGCAAGGCCCUGACCAGGAAAAGGAGGAAACAGACCCCAUAGCAAGACUGCAAGCUCGGACAGGAGCCGAUCUGGAGGCAUGGAUGGAAGAGGUCAUGCCCCAAGGAACAAGAUGCCUCUUCAUCAUCGGCCUGUCGGUGUCCCCCAAGUACCAGGGCCGCGGCGUCGGCUCCGCGCUGCUCCGCUGGGGCACUGACAUCUGCAAUCGCCACGGCGCCUUUGCGUGGGUUCACUCUUCCGAGCCUGCUUGGCCCCUGUAUGAGAAGUGCGGGUUCCAAACCAUACGCUCUCUUGACAUUGACUUGGACGAGUACGCGCCCGCUCCUCCGCCAAACGAGGGACCUGAUGCGAAAUGGGGGCAUUACGUCUUUCGAUACAUGAAGUACUUUGGAAGCAAAUAG